AUGCCACGAUCACAACGAAAGACACCUGUGAUCAUCGGAGUCGGCGAUGUGGUCAAUCGUUCCAAGAAAGUCGAGGAUGCCAUCGAGCCACUGCAGCUCAUGAUACAAGCAAUAGAAAAAGCUAUCCAAGAUACAGGACUAGCAGCCUCAUCCCUGGCAGAAGUUCAACGCUCAAUUGACAGCAUAUCCGUUGUCAGCACAUGGACCUGGCCAGCCGACUAUCCAAAACUAAUCGCAGAGAGAUUAGCUUUCAAGCCUCUACACUCCGAGUACACUAUUCAUGGAGGCAACCAGCCUGCUAAGCUCGUCGAUGAAGCGGCACGUCGGAUCUCAUUGGGAGAGAACAAAAUUGCGGUCGUCACUGGAGGUGAGGCAUUAGCAUCUCUCACAGCAUGCGCCGCUGCCAAGAAGAUGCCGCCUCCAGGCUGGACGCCUCCUUCGCAGGACGUGCAAUCAGUCUUCUCACCUACAACGCGCGAUCUUGUAAAGUCUGAAGAGGAUCCCGGUGCUCAACACGACUGCGGAAACCCCAUUCAGUUAUACCCAUUCUACGAGAACUCUUUCCGUUUCCAUCGCGGUCAAAGCAUCCGGGACAACCACCAAGAAUCCGCAAAACUGUACGCCGACUUCGCCAAAGUCGCAGAAAAGAACGAAAAUGCCUGGACAUACCCUUCACCCGCAAAAACAGAGACCGACAUCGCACGAGUCGACAAAAACAACCGCAUGAUCUGUUUCCCAUACCCAUUACUCAUGAACGCUUUCAACACAGUCAAUUGCUCUGCCGCAGUAAUCUUAACAUCCGCCGAUCACGCUCGCGAGCUCGGAAUAUCCUCAGACAAAUGGAUCUACCCUCUCGGCGGAGCCGGAACAUCCGACUCCAGUGAAUUCUGGCUACGACCCGAAUACUACUGGUCUCCCUGCAUUUCCCGCUCACUCGACGCCGCGCUCGACAUAACAAGCGUCAGCAAAGAAGAAAUCGACCUCUAUGAUAUUUACUCCUGCUUCCCCAUCGUUCCGAAACUGGCAGCUCAUCAUUUAGGUCUACCAGUCACAGGAGGCAAAAAGAGUUUGACGCUUCUUGGUGGUUUGACGUCGUUUGGUGGAGCGGGAAAUAAUUAUAGUAUGCAUGCUAUUACGGAAAUGACGAGACAGUUGAGGAAAGGGAAGGGGAAGACGGGACUUGUACUUGCUAAUGGUGGGUGGGUGAGUUAUCAGCAUGUUUUGCUCAUGAGCCGGAGUCCGAGAAGUGAUGGGUUGCCGUAUCCGGAUGAGAAUCCUCUGCCGAAGGUUGUGACGGAUGUGCAGGUGCCGAAGAUUAUAGAGAAGGCGGAGGGAGAGGCGAUUAUUGAGACAUAUACUGUCCAAUUCUCUCGUGACGGCAAGCCGGAGCAGGGCUUCGUGAUCGGUAGGCUGCUAAAGACUGCUGAACGCUUCAUUGCAAACCACGCAGAUGCACAAACGUUGACAGAAUUGAGUAGCUGGGAUGUGGAGCCCAUUGGGAGAAGAGGCUGGGUAAGCAGUGGCAAAGAUGGGAGAAAUUUGUUCACAUUUGUUGCUCGGUCUGGUCAACAGCUUUUCAAGCUGUAA